AUGGCGCAGAAGAAUAUAGAUGUCGAAAAAUGCUAUGAACAAUCAUGUAAGGAAAGAGGAGAAAAACUAAGAUUUUAUGAAAACAUAAAUGAAAAAAAUGUAAAAAUAUACCCACCUGAUAGGGAAGAGAUAGGAAGAGCAUCAUGGCUAAUCUUACAUACCAUUUCAGCAAAUUACCCAGAGAAACCAACAGAUGAAGAUAAAAAAAAACAUACUAAUUUCUUCUAUGCUUUUGCAAAUUUGUAUCCUUGUCAUAUAUGUAAACUCGAUCUGUUUGAUAACUUAAAGAAUUACCAGAUGACCUGCCAAAACAGAAAUGAUUUCUCAUCCUUUAUUUAUAAUCUGCAUAACAAGGUCAAUGAAGACAUCGGUAAGCCCCUCUUCCCCUGUUCCAAUAUACAGGAGGUAAUCAACCUCUACAAGACAGCAGAGUGA